AUGGAGCAACAACAGCAGCAGCUUAGAAACUUGCGGGACUUCCUUUUGGUCUACAAUCGGAUGACUGAACUCUGCUUCCAGCGCUGCGUGCCCAGCCUGCACCACCGAGCUCUGGAUGCGGAAGAGGAGGCCUGUUUGCACAGCUGUGCUGGGAAGCUGAUCCACUCCAACCACCGGCUGAUGGCCGCUUAUGUGCAGCUCAUGCCUGCCCUGGUACAGCGACGCAUCGCAGACUAUGAGGCUGCCUCAGCUGUGCCUGGUGUUGCAGUUGAACAGCCCGGAGCUUCACCCUCAGGCAGCUAG